GGGAAACAAAAACAAACGCGCAAAGCAAAGCGGACUGUUCCAACCAGGCACCAAACCACAACACCAGAUACACACACAAACAACGCCCCUCUGCUCCCUUGCGUGUGUGUGUCUGUCUGUCUCACUCUCUCUUGAAUCCAUCUUCCUCAGCGUGUGCUUGUGUGCUUUGUGUGACUCUUGUCCCCACGCUCUCUCCCCCCUGCGUCUCCCCUCCCCUCUCCUGCUUUCCACGGCGCAUCAUGGGCACGCGGGAACAAGUGGAGAGCCUGAAGGCGACGGCUGGCAAUGAUAAAUGCGCAGACUGCGGCGCUACAGAUCCCUCGUGGGUCGUGAUGCCGCAUGGCAUCUUCGUCUGCAUCAAAUGCGCAGGCUGCCAUCGUUCCCUGGGAACGCACGUAUCACAGGCGAGAUCGAUCGAGCUUGACACGUGGACACACGGCGAUCUGGAGACCCUGACCAAGUACGGCAAUGAGAACAACAACAAGGUCUUGGAAGCGCGCGUUCCUUCCCUCAUCGUUCGAGGCACUCCAACCAUGAACCAGCGACUGCGGGAGGCGUGGGUGCGGCACAAGUACGAGUACCGCUGCUUUGCUGAGGACGGCGACCACGACAAACUCAAGACAGACGGGAAGAUGCGAGGGUUCAUUGACAAGCGGGAGAAGAAUGCUGGGCGGUGGAACAGGCGGCUGUGCGUCCUCGAGCCCAAGACCAUUGGCGGAUCAGACUACACGCUGAGGUACUUCCUGGAUCAGCUCGACACAAAGCCUGCAAAGGGCGAAAUCAAGCUGCAAGACGCAACGCUGCACAUGGAAGGGAAUGAGGAGUCGCUCGAGUUUGCGAUCACGUGUCGCGACCGCACGUAUUUCCUCCGCGCAGACGCAGCCGACGACCUGUACCGAUGGGUCAACGCUUGGAGGUUUGCGCGUGCGCGAAGUCUUGGAUGGGACGGGACAGAGGAGCACCGCGAGAUGCUGAUUCAGUGCAAGCAGUUGCUUGAUGCGCCGCAGACGCAGGGGUUCCUGGAGAAAACGGGGUCGAGCAUGAAGGGUUUCAAGAAGCGGUUUUUCCUGCUGCAGGAGCGAUAUCUCACAUACAAGAAGGACCCCGCGGAUUCGCUUGCGCUUGGGUUUAUGAAGCUGGGCACACACCAAGACGGGUACAACAUCGACCGGCAGAGCGAUACACUGCUGCACCUCGUCACCCCAAAGCGCACAUACCCUCUCAAGGGCAGCAAGGAGGCGUUGGAUAUGUGGGCGGCUGCGUUUGAGAAUGCAAUCACACAGCUGCCGCUGCUGGGACAGCGUGUGGAUGUAUACAAUGCGUAGUAGCAGCAUGUGUGUGUGUGUGCGUGUCCCUGUCAUUGAUUGCGUGCCUCUCGUUUCUGUCUCUGGUCUCUGUCUCUGUCUCUCCCUGUCUUCCUGUCUUGUGAGCGCGAGCGUGUUCUUGUUGACUUGGCACCGUGUAUUCUGCUUGGGCACUACUGUCUUUCCUUGUUGCCUGCUUACCUGCCUGCCUGCCCUGUGCCGCACCUCCAUCCUCCUUGCGUGUGCUCCGCUGUUGUUUGCUUCCUUUUUGCUUGCCUGUGCGCGUGUUUGUUAUUUCAUUCAUUCAUCAUUUCAUUGAACUGCUCAUCGUCAC